CGUAUCGAUGCCGGCCGUGAUAUGCACAGCCCACGAAACGAGUCAAGGGCAGGGGCUGGACAGCAGGACGUAAUCCCACUCAAUGACAGCAAAUUUCCGAGUAGAGCGGAAGUGGCGCCUAGGGGAUGGAGCGAAGGCUUGCGAGAGUUCGACCGUCGUUUUCUUGACUACCGACUUGCGCUUCUGUUACAAGGAGCGUCGCUGCGGCUACGAAUGAGAUAGGGGGAAUCAUUGGCCGUCUGGCGCAGAGAAGAGUGGCAGAGGCGUUACGGACAACUUACGUUUGCUGCCGCGCCAUACAGCUGCCGACGGAGGGCUGCGAGCGCAGGUGGGUGCCGAAAUGCGAAUAUGCCGUCCACAGCAUCCGACAGCGCCAUGUAACACGGCGACCCGCGCGGCCGUGAGGCAUCCCAUCUUCUCGUCAACACCGGUUUCUUGGGCGCAAUACUUACACGGAUAGUGUCCACCCGUCAAAGAACGUUUGGCAUCCGGCAGUUCCCAUAAACCUAAAGGCGCGGGAGCCAGGAACGUGAUCCGGGACGGCGACGGCAAGCUGAGACGUUGCGGCAUUGGCCGACGUAGCGUGAUGCCGGAGGGCCGGGUUCCCACGGAGCGUGGUGCACAUGCUGACGAAAGUGAAUGGUCGUUGGUCGAUAGCAAUGAACACAUGAAACAUACGUGUACUUACCUCACCGCCGCGCUCGAUGAUGCGGACCCGUCGGAAAAUAUUGGAACACUCCAAACAAACAAAGCUUCUGAGACAAUCGAGGAUGCUCGUGCACGAGAGUCCCGGGCUUUGAGAAACGUGCUUAUUUGCGUAGUGCACAUGUUGAUGCGGGCAUCGUCCUAUAGAUACUAUUUGGACUCACCAAAGGUCGUCUAUCGACUGUGAGAAUCAGCCCUGCAGAGGCACGAGGCGUACUAUCGGUGGAGCCAUCGCCGUUCCUGAGCAUUCUACGCAACGCCUGAUGGCUCUCACCGCGGAGUGUGACCAGAGAAGACUAUAUGUAGGCAUAAGUCGAAAGUUCUACACUCAGAUAGAGAACAAAACGAAUGAAGGCCUAAGGGUGGGAUGCAAGCCUGCAGCGCAGCGAGA